AUGUUUGAAAUGGUUCUAGUUAUCGUCUCAAUCAAGUUUCAGAGCGUUACAGUUUUCCGAAAUGUGUUUUUCCAAUUUUUUUCUAUCAUUUUCGCACUAAGGGUAGUUUUUAACACACUCCGACGGCAGGUAAGGGGAUUUCCUUUGGAGGGAAUGUUUGAAAUGGUUCUAGUUAUCGUCUCAAUCAAGUUUCAGAGCGUUACAGUUUUCCGAAAUGUGUUUUUCCAAUUUUUUUCUAUCAUUUUCGCACUAAGGGUAGUUUUUAACACACUCCGACGGCAGGUAAGGGGAUUUCCUUUGGAGGGAAUGUUUGAAAUGGUUCCAGUUAUCGUCUCAAUCAAGUUUCAGAGCGUUACAGUUUUCCGAAAUGUGUUUUUCCAAUUUUUUUCUAUCAUUUUCGCACUAAGGGUAGUUUUUAACACACUCCGACGGCAGGUAAGGGGAUUUCCUUUGGAGGGAAUGUUUGAAAUGGUUCUAGUUAUCGUCCCAAUCAAGUUUCAGAGCGUUACAGUUUUCCAAAAUGUGUUUUUCCAAUUUUUUUCUAUCAUUUUCGCACUAAGGGUAGUUUUUAACACACUCCGACGGCAGGUAAGGGGAUUUCCUUUGGAGGGAAUGUUUGAAAUGGUUCUAGUUAUCGUCUCAAUCAAGUUUCAGAGCGUUACAGUUUUCCGAAAUGUGUUUUUCCAAUUUUUUUCUAUCAUUUUCGCACUAAGGGUAGUUUUUAACACACUCCGACGGCAGGUAAGGGGAUUUCCUUUGGAGGGAAUGUUUGAAAUGGUUCCAGUUAUCGUCUCAAUCAAGUUUCAGAGCGUUACAGUUUUCCGAAAUGUGUUUUUCCAAUUUUUUUCUAUCAUUUUCGCACUAAGGGUAGUUUUUAACACACUCCGACGGCAGGUAAGGGGAUUUCCUUUGGAGGGAAUGUUUGAAAUGGUUCUAGUUAUCGUCUCAAUCAAGUUUCAGAGCGUUACAGUUUUCCGAAAUGUGUUUUUCCAAUUUUUUUCUAUCAUUUUCGCACUAAGGGUAGUUUUUAACACACUCCGACGGCAGGUAAGGGGAUUUCCUUUGGAGGGAAUGUUUGAAAUGGUUCUAGUUAUCGUCUCAAUCAAGUUUCAGAGCGUUACAGUUUUCCGAAAUGUGUUUUUCCAAUUUUUUUCUAUCAUUUUCGCAAUAAGGGUAGUUUUUAACACACUCCGACGGCAGGUAAGGGGAUUUCCUUUGGAGGGAAUGUUUGAAAUGGUUCUAGUUAUCGUCUCAAUCAAGUUUCAGAGCGUUACAGUUUUCCGAAAUGUGUUUUUCCAAUUUUUUUCUAUCAUUUUCGCACUAAGGGUAGUUUUUAACACACUCCGACGGCAGGUAAGGGGAUUUCCUUUGGAGGGAAUGUUUGAAAUGGUUCUAGUUAUCGUAACAUUCAAGUUUCAGAGCGUUACAGUUUCCCGAAAUGUGUUUUUCCAAUUUUUUUCUAUCAUUUUCGUACUAAGGGUAGUUUUUAACACACUCCGACGGCAGGUAAGGGGAUUUCCUUUGGAGGGAAUGUUUGAAAUGGUUCUAGUUAUCGUUUCAAUCAAGUUUCAGAGCGUUACAGUUUUCCGAAAUGUGUUUUUCCAAUUUUUUUCUAUUUUUUUCGUACUUAGGGUAGUUUUUGACACACUCCGACGGCAGGUAAGGGGUUGUCCUUUGGUGGAAAUGUUAGAAAUGGUUCUGAUGAUCGUCCCACUGGGUUUGAUGGUGUUAUAUUUUUCCGAAAUGUGCUUUUCCAAUUAUUUUAAUAAUAAGGGUUGA